GUAGGUGGGACUCGGUGGGAGGAAUAAAUUUGUCCUCUAGUUUGUUUACCUUUUGGAUUUGCUGGAAUUGUUGGAUCCAAGAAAGGAUUAAGGAAUUUCAUAUUUCAUUUGUGUUAUAUUCAACGUAGACGAGAGGUCUUCUCACGCCUUCAAAGGCCUCGAAAAUGAACAGCCAAAUUUUUAUUUUUUCAAUAAUUUUUAAUUUGUGCGUUGCCCACUCUGUGCACCACCACGGACACCAUUCAAGAGGCGAAAGAGAAGAGGAUGGAGCAUACAGUCCCAGAGACACUGGCCACUUUGACGAUGCUGGAAGUCACCACGGAGAAUUCGAUCACGAGGCAAUCUUGGGAAGCGUCAAAACAGCAGAGGAGUUUGACAGUCUACCUCCUGAAGAAGCUAAACGGAGGCUCAAAAUGCUCCUGGUUAAAAUGGACAGGAACAAAGACGGGCAAAUUGAAAGAAAAGAACUGCACUCUUGGAUAUUAAGAUCAUUCAGAAUGCUUUCAGAGGAAGAAGCACAAGAAAGGUUUGAAGACAUUGAUGAAAACAAAGACGGAAAGGUGUCUUGGGAAGAGCAUUUGGAAGAUACUUAUGGCGGAACUAUUGUAGAUGACCUGAAGCAGCAUGAACCAAAUGUCAAGAUGCUCAAAGACGACAAAGAGUUGUUUGAUACUGCUGACAAGAACAAAGACGGCUACCUGGACAAAAACGAAUUUCCAUUGUUUAGCAGUCCUGAAGAACACCCGGAAAUGCAUGACAUCAUACUGAACCACACAUUGGAGGACAAGGACACUGAUAAGGACGGCUUUGUUACUUUUCAAGAAUUUGUGGGGGAGAAAGCAGGAAGUCAUGACAAAGAAUGGCUACUUUCUGAGAAAGAAAAGUUUGACUCGGAGUUUGACAAAAACAAAGACGGAAGAUUGGAUAAGGCGGAACUUCUUUCUUGGGUUGUUCCCAGUGAUGAUGAAAUUGCUGAGGAGGAAGUAGUGCAUUUGUUUGCUUCAGCUGACGAUGACCACGACGAUUACUUGAGUUUUGACGAAAUAAUUGAACACCACGAUGUGUUUGUGGGAUCCGAAGCAACUGACUAUGGAGAUCAUCUGCAUAAAGUGCACACGUUUCCUGAUGAAUUGUGAAACAGAUCAAAGCUGCCAUUUAUUCAUGUUUAAGUCAUUAUUUAAAUAGUAUUUAAUUUAUUUAAGAUUAUAUUAAACAACAAUACAAUCAUAAAUCGUAUAAUAUCAUUUUAAGUUGAUAAUUCUCUUGCCCGCUCAGGGGUAAUUUUUAAUCAUAUUUGAGUUACAAACUUUUUAUGAAAUUAAUUUCCUUAAAGCAAUGGACUGGAUAAGUGGAUAAUAUAUAAUUAAGAAUGAAAUUCUGGACUAUCAGUGCGAAGUUUGAGUGCAGUGAUUAUUAUUGAGCUAAAUAAAAAUUAAAAUGCGCAGAAGACUUGGU